GAUGACGUAUUAGGAAAGCAGAGUUUAUUCUAGAUUAGUGGACAGAGUUAAAGAGACAGUUUGUGGUUUGGAUCUCAAAGAUUCAAAUGUUUAUUUUAAAUAUAAAAAGACACAAAGAAAGAAGCAUUGUUAGGAUUCAAUGGCUGAUUUUACAAAUGGAUGAACAAUGGGUGAAGAGGAAAGAGACACUCAUCGUAGUUACCAUCAUCAUGACACUGAGAUCAAGUAUGAGAAAGUUGCCUAGAAAUGGCAAUUCUGCAGCUUGAAAUCAUCUUACCUAAACAUCUGGGUUGGAAAUAGCUGCCCUAACUUUUGUGAAUGAAUAAAACAAUGGAUCCACAGGCAUUAAAUGGAUAUGAAUGGAUAGGAACACAAAAAUCAUCAAAUCCGUGCACUGGCAACAAAUGCAAAACAGAAGUGUUUGGAUUUUCACAAAGAAAAGAACAACUUUAAUUCAGGGAGGAAGCCAUGUAUUAAGGCAUUUAUUUGAUCCUGAUGUGACACAGAUUAAAAUCACAUUUUAAAAGGAAAGAGUGGCUAUUUCUCUGCAGCAUGAGCCAUCCUUUAGAAGGAUUAUAUAAAAAAUAUUUUUUGUGCCAAGAAAAUGUCUCCUUACCAAGACAGUGAAAUACAGGACAGAGUAGGCGUGUGGGUGCGUGCGUUCUUUUAAGGACAUUUAUGAGAACAUGUCCUUAAAAUAAAGAGAAGAUGUAGGGUUUUGUCAAUCUGGUCGCUGAGCUGAGACAUCUGGAAAGCAUCACGGGGACUCCACUAUCCAUGUGCAGAGAAAGGCAUAGGGUAAAAGUGAGGAGGAAGAGAGCGGAGGGUCCGUGAAGGGAAGCUGCCCUCCACUCCACCCCUGGGCUGAGGAAAGCUGCUAUUAUCAUUCCAAUAAUGUGAACUCAAGCCCUUGUCUGGCACGCAACUAUGAAAUAUCACGCGAACACCAUUAGGUAAAUAAACAACUCCUGCAUCUUCAAGCUAAAUAAAACAUAAACAAGUAUAAAAGAGCCAACUUGUCAACAUAAUGCAUUCCUCCUCUAUCAUGCUCUCUGCUGGAGACAGCACCAAACUGCGCCCUGAAAGACUGAAGGUCUAUAACAUUUUACCAACAUACAGUCCAGUAGCGGUAAAGGAAUUCUGAUCACUAACAGGUGCUAUAUGGGAAAUGUGAUGCAUCCUUUUCUCGAGAUGACCGAUGUUUCCUUGCCUGGGGAGUUAACUUGCUAUUUAGAUGCUCAGCCAGUGCAUCACCCUGUAACUAAACACUGAUACAGCAUCCAUGCGUGUGUGAAUGAGUGUCUGGUGCCGUAAUCCCGGAACCCAGCGUGACUUGGAAACCAUUAAACACCACCCACAACCAGCAUUUCUAACUCAGAGAUGCAUGUUAUGACAAACACAAUCACAGAGAGGACUGCAGACUUGACGGCAGAAAUUUCUUAACAGUCUUAGAAAAUCAUGCCUAAACGGGCAAUACUAGCGGAAGAUUUUGUGGAAGGAAAAGUGUGGUAGAAAACAAGUGUGCAAGGAAGAGACUGUGGCUGGAGUCAGUGUUUUCACACAGACAUAUCAAGAUUAUGGCCUCCAUGAACAACAAUCUAUCGGGACGUUUUAGACCACUAAUUGUUCCCCUUUCCUCAUAACCGUGGCACCUGUCCUCGUCAGUGGUACAACGAGGACAGAAGGUUCUACUGAACCAUUAUGUUACUUUGCUUGAUUGGGCUGCAGACCAGACUGAAGUUAUGGAGUGAGGUCCAAAGGAAGAUGAUAGACACCAGGGCUAAUGAACCAGACAAGCUGAAGGAUGCAACCUGAACUUGCAAAAAGUAAGUAGAUUAUAUAUAUGCAUCUUCAAACAUUUGUAUUUCAUUAAAAAAUUAUAUAUAUAGAUAUAUAUAUAAUACAGUGGCCCUUUUUAUAAGUCUUAUGUAAUAUUCAAAUUUUCUGAGACACUAUAUUUUGUAGGUUUUCAACAGCAGUAAGCCAUAAACAUCAAAAUGAACAAAUGUAAACACUUGAAAUAUAUCACUCUGUGUAAAAGAAAAAAAAACCUACACAAUUAUCACUUAUCUAUAAAAUCAUCUAUUCAUUCAAAUUCUAAACUUGUGAUAUGUUCUUAUACAAAGAAACAACCUGAAGAUUAGUUAUAUGACACCAGCACAGCUGAUUUUCCCUAAUAACUCAACUCCUGCCUGACCCCAGAACAGUUAUGGCAUCCUGAACAGCAUCAGCUCCAUGAGUCAGCCAGUUUAACACACAGCAGGAAGUCGCUCACACAGCAGGUGGCCACCCCGUUCCCCUAGCAUAACUUGUCAGAUCCACUUACCAUUACACCACUUCUUUUGGUACGUGUGAAGUACAGGCGACUGCGUGUGUAUGUGAUAAAAACAACAAGCUACAGCAGGAGUACGAUGAGCGCUUCUUGUUAAAAUACUUGUCAUUCCAUGCUGUGAGCACUGCAGCCUGACAGAUUACAGGAUAAUGGAUUACUCAUCCAUACCAGCAGUCAUUGGAGAGCUUUAUGUAUGCAUUCACUGAGCCAAGAAGCAACUGGACAGAUAUCCAGCCUUUAUAUUCUUGUCUGGGACAAAAAUAUAAAGUAUCCAUGCUUUAUCUCUGUUUAAUUGUCUUGGACAAGAAUAUAAAGACUCCAAAGCCUUUUCUGCGUUUCAGGCUAACAUUUCAGUCUGUAAUGCAGUGUGGUCAGGUUAAUCACGGUACUAUUUUUCUGGAGUGUGUGUGCGGUGGCAUAGCGUGUGUUUCUGUGUGUCAAAACCUCUGGGUUAUGUGAUUUAUGGGAGUCGAAUUCUUGCACACUUAAAUUUAGAAAUCUUUUCAAUGUUUGUGUGCCAAAUGCUGGAGCAACACAAAAAGAGCCAAAGUGGCAUGACUGCACAGACGAAACGUAAGCGUCGCACUCAGUAGUGAAUUAAUCAUCACUCAUUUUGAAACACAGAAGGUGUACAUUAUCCUGUCGGGGGGAAAACAACAGAAACACUUGCUCAUAUUUGUCUCUUGAUUUUUGGGUCUUGCAAGCAUUUGACUGUGACAGUCCAACAUCUUUUAUAGUUUUUUUGUUUUUUUUUUUACUCUGCAAGUAAAAACAGCGUAAAACAGGCUGGAUUGUAGACCUUUGUUUAUAGAUUUCAGAAGGCAUAAACAGAUUACAAAUUCAAAAGGUAAAUCGUUCAGAGCUUCUAAACUUUGAGCAACGGUGCUUGUGCUCAGCAUGUGGUUGUCAGUGGUCUAUGUUUUAAUCUGAACAGACUUUUGCUAUAUGGAGUCAGAGAUUGCCUUUGGAAUCUGUAGAAGUAGAAGAAAUAAACAGUGAAAUGAAAAAUGGCUACACAGACCUUACCUCCUGGCAUAUCUCUAUUUGAUGGAUGGGCUUUAAAAGAAAUUAUAAAAAAAUGAAAAGAGGGGCCUCUGCGUCCCUUGAUUUCAAACAAUCUAUUUGUGCAAAAUUACGUCUCACAUACUUUGGUUCCUGGAAAAGCUCUCUGAUUGCAAGAUAUUCUUUAGUAAAACAAAUGAGUUUGUGCAACUGUUAGACUUCAAAUCUUUAACCUGAAGGCUGUCAAAAAGGCUGAAAUUACAAAAAUUCAAAAUGUUUCAUUGGAUUGAAGAUUUCUGCUUUUUGUUAACUUGAUUCCGUCUUUUAAGAAUUUGAAUGAGUUGAAGCCAACAUGCCAUAAUUUAAAUGUGGUUUUGUAUCCAGUAAUGACUGCUGAAACAUAAUAUAUUAUUACACCUGCUUUCCUGAUUCUUCUUAAGUAGGAAAAAAAGUUGCAGCAUAUAUGCAAUUGACAUUUUUAUUUAGUCCCAAAGGAAUAAAGGUUCUCAGAAAAAACUGCUACGGCGUCGCAAAAAUCAUAAGUCUCAUUUCUGUUGCCAACCUCUGAGAAGUUCAAUCUGAUUCAUCAGCGUACGUGUAAAUAAAGCCAGGAAGUGGAAUGGUUUUUGUGAUCUAAUUCUUAUUAAAAGAAAACAGAAUUCAAACUUUGGUCCUAUCAUAAAAAACAUGACUUUAAUGUUGUGGCUGUAGAAGUAUUGUUUCAACUUGCCUUUUCAUCUGAACCAGGAUGACUAAGGCGUGCAUCAUUCAAGUGAAUUCAAAAGUAAAACAUCUCAAGAUUACGAUCUAAACAGAAACUGGGUCAAGCAGCAAUGCAUUAAAUCAGUAUAAAUAAAAUGUUUUGAAUUACAUGAUUACUAAAUGUAACUACUGCUACAAAAUUUUUGGUAACUGUUUUCAGAAAUUCUAGGGUGUUUUUCUGUAUUCUCUAUUUGUAUUCUUUAUUUUUGUCUCCCACUUUCAUCUUUCUGCCCCACCCUUCUCAUCUAACUGGAUAUUCAUGCCUUUAGCCGGAGGAUGACGGAGGAUUUGUUGCCUUAUUUCUUCUCCAUGAAGAACUCAAAGGCUUGUCAGAAGUGAUCCACUGAAUCUGACUGCAUUUUAUUAGACAUCAUUCUGAUUAAAUGUCCGCACUGCAAAAAAACUGAAUUUGAUUGAUUUUAAUCAAAUUGUGUCAAAAUUCCAAUCUAUUUUGGAAUAGAUUUGUGUAUCAGGUGUGUCUUGUAUAGUACCAUAAGUAGACGUUCAUUGUGAGAUAAUUCUAUUUAAACAAGGAGAACUGAACUGAAGGUGAAGGUGAAGAUGUAGGUUCAGUGCUGGACUGUAUCCCUCAUUAAAUGGUUAAAUUAAUUGCACAUUGAUUGACGCAAACAAAAUAAGCAGAAAACCUGCUUUUACCAUUUAGGAUUUUUGCAAUGAUCAAAACACUGUGACACUGCAACAUUUCUCUAUAAACACCUUGAAAAGUCAGGCUUAAGCUGUUCCAAGAAGUGAAAAAAGACUAACUUUAUAUUCAGUUUAAAACUUAAUCCCAAUCUGAGCAUUAUAUAUUCUAGAAGAACCAUCAGUGAAAUAUAGGCCGACUGAUUUCAGUUAAGCUAUGUGUGCCAUCUUUGACAUGAUUUAACAAUGUCUUAGUUAAAGGAAAUCAGACAAAGCAAGCAGUAAAUCCUGUUUAAGAGCAGCCCUUCUAGGAGCCUUAGCACAGAGGGAGCUGAAGAACACACAACAAAGGGCUCUGGGAGGAUCCACCAAAGCCUCAGUUUGGGCUUCUAGCACCAGUCAAAGCAAUAUCUGGAAACACUUUUUCUUUUGCAGAAGGAAGAAAAAGCAUGAUUUCAGGCCCAGCAUAGCUGCAUCAAACCACACUGCCCACCAUGGUCAGGCCUUAGAAAAGACGUUUAUACUGAAAUGAAGUUCAGGCUAAACCUAGCAGUCUGGAGGCUACAUAGCAUGAGAACACCAUCAGCGGAAUAAGCCCAGCCUCUGUCAGCCUGCAGGUCUUCUGAACUCACUUCCAAAUACUGCGGAUAAUACAGACUCUUCAACCUGAGUGUCUGCUAGCAUAAAAGCAGCUUUGUGGCUGUAGGUGGAGGACGGAAGUUUUUCUCAUAAGGGAGAUGCUGUAAAAUGUUCUUUCAGACUUGGCUAGAGGUUCUAGUUUCACUUGCGUGAGUAAUUGUGUCUGGUCUUGGAGACUGUCCUGGCACUGGAGCAUGGAGCGGGAGAAGAGGAGAGGAAAAGCCGGCAUGCCUAUUGUUUAUUGGAUGAAUUUAAAAGGAAUGCUGAAAAAAAAAAAAAAGGAUUUCUCCUUCAUAACAUGCAUAUUUAAAAUCAAAGAACAAGACAAAAAUAUGUACAAAGCUCUCCUCCUUUAUGUCUGAACGCAAUAUAAAUAUUUUGACAAAAUUACAGUUGAAACCAGAUGCUUACAUAGACUGUAUAAAAAGUCACCUAUCCUUUUUAUUCUCAUUGUUUGCUAUUGAAUUCGACUAAAAUUUUCCUGUUCAGGUCAGUUAGGAUUACCAAAAUGAUUUAUAUCCAUGAAAUUCAAGAAUAAAGAAAGAUAAUUUGAACUUGAAUUACUUUCUACAGAAGUCUACAACGUAGAAUUUACCUCCUACAUUGUAUGACUUGGGUCAAACAAACGUUUUGAGUUUUCUUCAAGCUUCUCACAAUAGCUUGGUGGAAUUUUGGCCCAUGUUGCCUGACAUGUUUGUCGGAUUUGUAAUUCGCCCUUUCAGCUGUUUUCACAGAGUUUUUAUGCAACCAAGAUUGGAAAGUUGUCAUGGUCACUCCAAAACAUAAUUUUCUUUUUGUCCUUAAGUCGCUUUGUUACUAUGUUGGUGAUUAUCCAAAAAACAAAACCAUUUGUGCAGAAAAUUGAGUUUCCUGGCUCAUGUUUUGAGAUGUUUCAAUAUUUCCAGAUUAUAUUCUUUCGUACCAUCAUUGAUUUUGUGCUAUGAAUCAGUCCCUCAUGUAUCAAAAUACGCCAGAAGAUGACCCUGCAACCCACAUACUUCACAGUUUCAUGCAUCUCACAUGAAAACUUCAUGUUUUAUUCCAGCUGAGAUUUUUUUAACCACAAGUUUAACCACAACUACAUUUACUAUUAGCAAUCAGUACAGCAGAGCAGAAAACGUUGUUUUGAGACGGUUUACAGUUCGUUACAGCCUCCCCAUACGAGGGCAAAGGGAACAUGUUGGAAGCGUGAGAAUUGGAAACAGCCGGUUAUUUCUGUUGUGAAACCCAGGGUGUCUGUUCAGACAUGUCUGUUGUUUGAUUAUACAGAAAAGCCAAAAGCCUCCAUUCAGGCAGAAGAGCCUGUGGAGUGGGGUUGACUGUGGGGCUUUACACAAGCCAACAGCAGACGGGAAAUCAGGAAAUCAGCAGAGAAAAGGGACAAUAGCUUGGAGAUUAGAGAUCUGUUAACCCCCUCCUCUUUGUGGUCAAUCUGUUUGCUCACCAAUUACAACUUCCUUUAAUAAGCAUGCAAUCAAUGGAGGCUAAAACAAUUUUUUUUUCUCACCCCUCUCUUUCAAGCAUAUUCUCUGGAACUAAACCAUCCAGCAUAGUUUCAAUCUUUACUAAUAACAUGGAACAUGGAAAAAAUGAGCAGCUCCAAUUUACCACCUACUUCCCCCACAGGUGAAGGGUGCAGCCAAUCAAACAGCAAAACUCAACUGUAACACCUAUGCCUGCUGGGCAGACUUGCUCUGCAGUUACAAUGGUGUUCUGAUGACUUGCAGACUUUCUGAAACAGGCUGACUUCACAAAAACCGACAUAAAAAAAUUUAAAAAAAAAACAAGCAAAGCCUCCACCUGGAUGCCCUUGUACUCUGACCUCCUCUGGUUUAUCAUUUACGCAAGGAGGCCUUUCACAAGCAACACACCUGGAGGUUAUUCUGCAGCACAAUCCAAAUUUUAUGCUGACUGACAAAAAGAUUCAUUGCCCAACAACUAACAGCGCUCUCUCCAGCUGAAAACGAUGGCACUAUGUAUUUAGGCUGCAUCAUUUCCUGAGGAUUCACAGAGAUCAAAGUCCAACUCCAGUAAAUCCAUCAGGAUGCCACUUAAAACGUCGCUGUACAGAAAUCCAUCUUCCAGUCGCUGGUCCAGCAGGAACUCAAGGAGGAGAGAAGUGCUAUCUGUCGAAAUGAUCAGUCUACCCCUUGGUGAUUUCCGGCAUGUCUCUCACAUUGGGAGUGACGGCCAAGAUGACAGUUUUGGAGAUUUAUCCUUCCUCAAAAUGGGUCAUGGCCUGCUCCGACAAAGUUCCAAGAGUGAACAGAACCUCUUCCUGAGCUGCAAGCCACCACCAAAGCCCCCACGUCUGAACCUGGAUGGAACGGAGAGAAUGCAGAGCCCCGAGUGGUCUGUGGACAAGAAGAGAAAGAAGUGCAACUCUUUGCCUCUUCUGGACAGUGAAGAAGAUGAUAAGUGCGAAAAUGAGGAAGUGGAUGAAAUGAGGAAUGACUUUGCUUCUAAUCAGACUUGCCGGCCCGGAGGUGGCAGCAUGGGUUCUGAUAGAGAUCGAGAGUUCACAGGGAGUAGUGAACACAUUGAUAAAUUUAAGGAUGAGGACAGUGGCUUUUCAUUCAGUCUGGACCUGGGCCCUUCAAUCCUGGAGGAUGUUCUCCGGGUGAUGGACAAACUGCACAACUGAAGAACCUUGAACAACUUGGCAAGACACUGGCUGUUGAAGAAAUUUAACUUAAUACUCUUCUUGGGACACAACUUUGCAUAACCAUGACGACAUGAUAAAUUAUCCAGUCUAGCAAAGACUGGAUAAUUUUGCUUAUAAUUCAAUUUGCCGUCCUGGUCUUCACAAAGAGUCUGCAGAGAGCUGUGACCAAACAGGAGAUCAAUUUACGAGGACAGUAGCUCUUUAUUCAGCCUGGAUCUGGACAAACUCAUUUGUGAACAAUGUUCUCCAGAUCAUAGACAAACUGUGCAACUAUGCAAAAUACUGAUGUCAUUACUUCUUUGGAAGACUUGACACCGUUUUAUUAACAAGGAUACUUAAUAAAGUAAAAACGUAUAUUUGCUGCUUCCUAAGAUCUUUACAUUCUCAAACAAACAAAUGAACAUCUUGUUACUCUAAGGAAGACAUGAUGUUGUACGUAGAACAUUAUGGUAACCAGCAUUUGCCAACAAUAGAAUGGUAAAGAUAAGGUAUGAACUUUUUUUUUUUAUGUCUGGGCAUUUCUAACUUCAUCUACAUUUCCUCUUUACUAUUAUAACCUCCCAGCCCACACUCAAAGCAGCUGUUAGGAUUUAAGGGUGUUGUGUUUAAGAAAAGAAAAGCUGAGGCUGAAAUCCAAGGUCCUUGAGCUGUGAUGUCUUGAGUCUUGGCGUGCUUGCCCGUCUAUUGUGUGCAUAGGGCAAUUUUUCCUCCGCACGCAUCCUGGCGGCCCCACUCGAAGGUAGAGCAAGGUACCCCCCAUUUCUCAUUCCCAGCAGUACAGUGAAAACAAACAUUUCACUCUGCUUCCAAUAAAAGCCAGCCAGUGGUGGCAGGUUGGGCAGCAUACCAAGCUGGGCCACAGGUCCAAGACCUUAUAAGAAGAAAGAAAUGGCAGAGUCUGCUGUUUUGUUAGCUGCAAAUGAGAGUGCGAUGAUCUGGCAGAUGGCGCUCAAGAAAGAAAGUGGCGGUGAGUAACACUAUACAUCUACACAUGCAGGGAGGUUGGAGAGGAAGGGGGAGACAAACUCUUCUUAAGCAGAAGUUCUGAUGAGGACUUAAACACAACCUUCUGAGCAAAUACAUGCUGCGUCUCAUGUAUAUGCAUUGCAUUUGUUCUCACGUCAUCCAAGUAGGAAUUUGUGCAGACAAUUGAGGUCUACUAAUGGGGGAUUGGGAGGAUGAUAUGCGGGACAAGCCCUGAAAAUGUUAAAUUCCUCUGCACCCUGAAAGGUCAAACUGGGAAAUACAAAAACCACAAAUGUCCGGCUUCAAGCAAAAGACUCAAUGUUCUACGCAUGUCCAAACAGAAACAGCGUUAUUUCUGGAUACAUCUGCAUUGUAUGUCUGUUUUGGUGUCUGAUGUUUUAAACUCGAUACCUCUGUUUCUUGUAUGUUAUGACAAAAGUUCUUGUGAAAGCAUUUUUUGCAUUGUAAAAUCUACCGGUUUGUACAAAAAAAUGUACGACGUUCAAAUCCCAUCAUUGGUGGUUUUGUGGAUAAACUGAAUGGGACCGUUUACACAACAAUGGACCGACAUGUACUUGGCUUCUCAGCAAAAGAAGCCAAAAUGGACGGAUUAUGUUUUGCAUCUCACUGAUGUCCAACCUUUUUUUUUUUUCAGCAAUCAUUGUCUUGGGUACAAAUAAUUCAAUGUGGAAAUGGACAGCAAUAUAUAUUAAAACAUGUCUCUGGCAUUGCAUUACAAUUAAUUUAAGAAAACCACUGCCUUGAAUGAUUUCCAUUGCUCUGAAGAAUGCCUAAAUCAACACAAUAAAGGUGGAUUUUGCCAGGUGUUGCACCACUCAGUUAAAGCUGGAGCCUUGUUCGCAACAAUGACUCAUAAUGAUUAUAGCUCAAUUUCUUCACAAAGGGAAAAAAAAAAGUACUAGGUAGGGCAGCCGCAAUGAGCCGAAAUCGUAGACCAAAUAAGAAGAGUUAAAUCUUCGAAUGUACAUUUGUUUUCUGUUUAUAUAAAAAAGGUAAGCUCCAUUUAAUGAUGAUUAGUAGUCUGGGGGCACCUGGAUGUACUGGAGGAUUUUAGGGGCCUCAGAUUAAAAUAAACAGAUGCUACAAACAAUACCUGAUUAUGCUACAUUUUGUGUUGGUCUAUCACAUAAAAUUUCAUUUAAAUUAAUUGAGGUUUGUGGUGUAAAGUGACAAAAUGUGACUAAAGUUCACAAACAUUACUAAAUGUAGAAAUGUCAAAGUGAAACUUAUGAACUCAUCUCACAGCUUUAAUGAUAACUGAAUUUCAUAUAGUCUUGAAAAAAACAACCUAAAAUUACGGUAAGACGUUUUGACUUAAUUUUCCUGGCUACGAGAACUAAACAAUAAUACAAUUAUUAACCUUUUUAUAAUUCAAAACACUUUUUUGUUAAAGUUUUGUUCAGGAUAAGAUAUGAAGCGUAUCUUUUUCUUACACAAUCAUGGAAAGAGUUCAAGCUAAAUCAGCAUACCGAUGGCUGGGCCACACGCUACGCAUCUAUUUCAGACAGAAGGGAAAUUUUCUCAGAACACACUUUUCAGGUACUAGGAAACCAGCACACUGGGGAAAAAGUCCAGGAAUAGCUCAUCUGAUGCAUCUGGUUCUGUCGUGACAAACCUGAAUUGACUCUGGGUCUAGAUGGAAGAGGCAGGCAUAUAAAACUCUGAUUUAAAUGUGGUGUGAUGUAUUAACCUUAAAUAAUACGAUAUUCUAAAUUGAACCAUGAACACAGUGAUUAAUGAUGAGAUCAUCUCUCAGGAGACUCAAGCAUAUGCCUUGGCAGACAUCAGUGGAAGUAAUGCAGUUACAGUCCAUCAGUUAUUAGACUGUAAGUUAUAUGGUUGGCCACAUGUGUGAAUCCUCUUUCUGAAGCUCCAAGCAUGAGCCUGUCUUAGAAGAGAUUUAAUUUAUAGGUACAGUGGUGUUUGGCUUGAAUUUGUUUGAUCUGAUCACCAAUAUGUUGGAGACAAUUUUGUAAAACAUAUUUUGGGGAUUCUUACUGGCAAGCAGAGCCACGAAACUGCUCAAAUUACACAUUUCCACCACGUGCUUGUUGACUCUGGCAGUUCAUAUGAUAUUUUACCCUUUUAUUCCAACUUACAAGGCAGAAAAAUACAGAAAAAAAGUGAACCAUAAACACGAUUUUCUGACAGGAAUUAAUGGGAUGAAUCAUGCCAUGGCAUCUCUUCUCUUUGGUGAAUUUAAACAAGUUUUAACACU